AUGUAUACACGCAAUAUGUUUGAUGUGCUCCAAACUGAAUUCAAAGGAUUUGGUACAGAGUUUUGUGAAGAAUUAAGAAAAGAUGGGGACAUUGUUGAAUACAAAGUCUGUAAGUUUACAGAUAGAGAAAAAUGGGAAGUGGUUACUUAUGAGCAAUCUAGUCAGAUGCAGUUCCGUUUCACUUGUGCUUUGUUUGAAACUAAUGGUGUUGUAUGUAGACAUAUAUUAUCGCUAAUGAUGGCUAGGAAAAUGGAUUUAUUACCCGACCAUUACAUCCUUCACCAUUGGACUAUACAUGCUCGACAUCGUAACAUUGGGGUUGGCAAUAUUAUAUAUGGAAGAAACAUCACAAGCUGUGAAGAGAAGAUUAAUUUAUUGAAAUCUUGGGCCUUAAGAGCGAAAUUCAAUAAUGCGCUCAAGCUUGCAUUUGCUUCAAAAGAGAAGAUGCAAAAUCUAGAUGAUGUGCUAACAAAAUUUAUAGAACCACUGCAAGAAGAAGUUGGAGCACAUUCCUCAAAUCAAGAUCAAAUGGUGGACACUCAAAUUUCCGCACACAUCUCACAUACAAUGGAGAACAUUCCUCAUAUUACAGUUCGUGAGCCUGAUAGAGCUGCAAGGACUAAAGAUCGUCCACACAAUGCAAAUAGAAUCCAGUCAGGUUUAGAACAAGCACAAGAAAAGAAAGAAAGGAAGAAACGUAUAUGUAGCAGAUGUGGUGAGCUCGGGCAUUAUAGAACUAGCUUUAAAGUCAAUUUGCCAAGCUAAACGAAAAUAUGUCUGGAUUCUUCAAACUCCACAUGCAUGGAUUUGUUCAUGAAGAUGAUGAAUAGAACUGGGACUAGCAAAGAGAACAUCCAAGUAGCUUAGACUGUGUAUGGUUCUUUCCUGUUAUAUCUUUGUGGAGGACAUUUAGCUGUGUGUGCUUAUAUCUUACUAUUUGGAGCCUGAAAGUGGAGGACAA